AUGACGAAAAUCUAUGGAGUUUCCUCACCAGAAAAUCGUGGUGUUUCAAUGCUCUGCCAUGGCUUAGGGUUCGACACGGUUCAUGUUAUGGAGCUAUUUUUUUCGGAGAUUAUCUGCCAAAUGUCCGGUCGACUUCAAUCUGUUGGUGGAAGAACGCAAGUGCGAGGUUGCAUGAUCAUGGGUUGGUUCGGCAAGCAUGGCUAUGUGCGUGAUGAGAAAGGCAAUCCAUCGGUGGACACUCACCCCAUGAUGAACGCGGUACUCUUCUUCACAAAAAUUUCCAAGAAGUUCUUGCUUACUGCUUUUCACAUUUACUAA